AUGCCAAUACAAGUGCAACCUCCUCCAGUCGACAUCGCGCCCGCUCCGCCGGUUGAUCGCAAGAGUAGAAAACGAAAGUCUACUUUCGAUGACGAGCCCUCGCUCUCGCAGCCAGACAAUCUCAAUGCAAUUAUUCAAAAUCUGUCGAUGCCGGAUCAUUUGGUCCAGGUCGCUGUCGACUACGCGAACGCAAAUUCGGCUUCAAACACCGACGUUCAAGCCUACGCUAAGCUUGCGGGUGCGACAUGGACGUACUACGUCCGGGAGCUGAGUGUCACGAUCGGUAGGUAUUCUGAGCCGGUAGCCGGCCAGGUUGAUCCUGAUCGAGUAGACAUUGAUCUCGGUCCCACAAAAGUUGUCUCUCGGAAGCACGCGAUAGUACGCUACGACCUCAACCUGCGGGUCUGGAUCAUUGAAGUCACGGGCCGCAAUGGCGUCAAGAUCGAUGGUGUCACAUACAAAGGCGGACGGACGCAGGCGCUCCACAGCGGCAGUAUUCUAGACAUUGGUGGUGUGCAGAUGAUGUUUGUGCUUCCGGACCAGGUUCCGGCCGAGAUCGAUCACAGUGGACGGAUGCAGGAAUACGACGAGUCCGAGAUGAUUACGACUCGUGCGCCGCCCACGAAUUCGUCUGUGGCCUACCCGAAGGGCGUUGCUAUCAUAACCAAGCCUCAAGUGCGCGGGGUGGAGACUAUUGAUAAUACGUUUAAUGAUCUGAGUAUGGACGAGGCGCGUGAUAUCAAGCCACCGUACAGCUAUGCUACGAUGAUCUCGCAGGCGAUUUUGUCGAGCGAGGAAGGCAAGUUGACGCUGGCGGCGAUCUACAACUGGAUCUCGGAUCACUACUCGUUCUACCGACAUGCAAAGACCGGCUGGCAGAACUCGAUCCGGCAUAACCUGUCGCUUAGUAAAGCGUUUCAGAAAGUGCCGCGGGCGACGGACGAGCCCGGAAAAGGUAUGAAGUGGCAGAUCAACCCGGAGUACCGGGACGAGUACAUCAAGAAGCUGCAAGAUAAGGAGCUGUCGCGCCGGCGAGGAGCGGCGCUGUUUGCGGGACAUGGUCGGCCUACUGUGAAUUCGAUUGAAAACCUGGGCAUGCCGCUUGCGGGGUCGCAGCUGCCGCUGUCGAGCGGGAAUCUUGUGAGCAGUUCAUCAUCGCUGUCAGGGGCGGUGUACGGCACGCCGCCUAAGCAAACACCAGGUAAAUUCCUCCUCUACUCUUAA